CGAGAUAUCUAUUCUCUCCUAGUGUCUCUCUAUUGUAUUCUUCUUAACAAACAAAUUGUCGCGAUUCAUCGAUCAAUUAUCAGUAUAUACAAACUGAUAUCAUUUCAUACUACUUAAAAAAGAAUAUGGUAAAGAAAAAAAAAAGAAAAGAAAAACUAGUUUUGAAGAGAAGUAUAUGGGUAUCUGGAUGAUCUGACAACGCGCCAUUUUCUUUGGAGUCUCUCAAAAUCUCUGUUUUUGCUCUGUUUUCAUUUCACCUUUUUCGAUUGCCUUUUCGAAUGUUUAAUUUUUACUUUCUCUAUGAUUACAAGUUUAUUAAAUGAUUAUGCGGCAAGGUAAGAAUUAUUUUUUUGGAAAACAAUUAUGUAAGCUAAAUCGUUUUUUUUCUAAGGAGGAAAUUCUUAAAUUAUAUAUAGAUAAAACUCAGCAUGAACUUCCAAACAUAAGAAAAUUCUCAAUUAUAACUUAAACUGCCUAUUAUAACUCAAAAUUUUCUUAAAAUUCUAGGAAUUUUAUAUAAAUACUUACAAAUACUUAUUCUAAACUUGUAUAACUUAAUUUAGUACUAAGUUCAUUCAAGAAGAAGAAAUCAAAGGGUUUUACAGAAACAACAACAAGACAACUCAAACAUUUUACUUUCAAGAUGAUUCCUCAUCUGAGCAUCUGCAUUCUCUUCAUUGCUUACUUUUCUCCUUUAGCCAGAGCAAUUCAUUAUAAUCUAACUCUACCUCAUCAACAUCCAGACCCCGAGUCUGUUGUUCAUGAUGUUCAUAGGAGAGUUAAUGUAUCGGUUUCGAGGAGACAGAUGUUAGGUAUUCAUGAAAAAGACCAGCUUUCAUGUAUGACAGGGAACCCCAUUGAUGAUUGUUGGAGGUGUGAUCCUAAUUGGGAAGCAAACCGUCAACGAUUAGCCGAUUGUGGAAUUGGGUUUGGACGAACGGCACUUGGCGGGAAAGGUGGUCAAUAUUAUUUAGUAUCUGACUCGUCUGACCAUGACGCUGUUAAUCCUAAACCAGGAACGUUAAGGCAUGCAGUCAUUCAAGUUGAACCACUCUGGAUAGUAUUCUCAGCGGAUAUGAUGAUUAAGCUCAGAGAAGAAUUAAUUGUUAGCAGCUUCAAAACCAUAGACGGUCGGGGGUUUAACGUUCAUAUAACAGGUGGAGGUUGCAUUACUCUUCAGGCUGUAACUAAUGUUAUCAUUCACAAUAUCCACAUUCAUCAUUGUGUUCCUUCUGGUAAUGCUCAAGUUCGCGAUAGUCCUACACAUUACGGUUUCCGGGGGAAAUCGGACGGGGACGGGAUAUCUAUUAUGGGUGGAAGAAAGAUAUGGAUUGACCAUUGUUCAUUAUCAUACUGUACUGAUGGAUUAAUUGAUGCCAUAGUAGGUUCCACUGCAAUUACAAUUUCCAACAAUUAUUUCUCGCACCAUGAUGAAGUUAUGCUAAUGGGUCACAAUGAUAAUUACUUGGCGGAUUCGGGAAUGCAAGUGACAAUUGCGUUUAAUCACUUCGGUGAAGCAUUAGUUCAAAGAAUGCCCAGAUGUAGACAUGGUUAUUUUCAUGUCGUUAACAAUGAUUUUACGCAGUGGGAAAUGUACGCCAUUGGAGGUAGCGCAAAUCCUACUAUUUACAGCCAAGGAAAUCGUUAUACAGCACCGUCAAAUCCUUUUGCGAAAGAGGUGACAAAAAGGGUUGAGACUGAUGAAAGCAAAUGGACAAAGUGGAAUUGGAAAACAGAAGGAGAUAUGUUGGUGAAUGGAGCAUUCUUUGUACCAUCCGGUGCAAUAGGGUUUGGCCAAUAUGCAAAGGCAUCAAGUGUUGAGCCAAGAGCUUCUGCCUUAAUUGAUCAGUUAACCAUGAAUGCUGGUGUCUUGGGUGGCAACAGCGGUGGUAUUUCAUAUCCUGGAUCCAAUGCCGGUGGAGGCGUUGGUACCGGUAGCGGCGGUGGUGGAAUAACCGACCCUGGAACCUUUGUUGGACCAAAUCCAGGUGGUGCAGGUGGCAGUAUUGGAGAUGGGACUGUAGGCGGUGGUUACACUGGUGGUUAUGGUGAUGGCAGCGGUGCUGAUGGAACACAAGCGGUAGACUCGAGCAUCUUUGGAAUGAUAUUUGGGAACGGGGCGUCCAGCCUAUUACCUCCCCCUUCUAUUUUCUUGUCAUUUCUGUCUUGUUUUCUGAUAAUUUUGUGUACCUACCAAGAUAAUUUUAUAUUUUUAUUCUUAUGAUUAGUUUAAUUAAUUAAUCAAUUAAUUGUAUUGAUUAAUCAGGAAUGUUACAAUGUAGAAGCAAAAAUAUAGAAGAAAAAAGAAAUCAUAAUUUAAAGUCA